GGGUUGAAUGGGUAAGACAUAUCUGGCUAGAGUUGUUUAUGAUAUGGUCUCUAAUAAAUUUGAAGGUGGUUCUUUUAUCGCUAAUGUUAGAGAAAUUUGUGAAAAACAUGGUUUACUUCCAUUACAGCAAAAACUUAUUCAUCAAAUUUUGAAGGAAGAAAAUAUGAAGAUACAGGAUAUUGAUGGUGGAAUUCUUAUAAUCAAUAAUAGGUUACGUAAUAGAAGGAUUUUCCUUGUUCUUGAUGAUAUAAAUCAAUUAGACCAAUUAAACAAUUUAGCUGGGGGACAUGAUUCGUUUGGUCCAGGUAGUAGAGUUAUCAUAACAACAAGAGAUAAACAUUUGCUAAAAACACUUGAAGUAGAUGAAAUAUAUGAGGUUGAAGGAUUGAAUGAUGGUGAAGCUCUUCAUCUUCUAAGUUUAAAAGCUUUUAAACAAAACCAUCCUCCUCAAGAUUAUUUAGAGUUGUCCAAACAAGUUGUUCAUUAUGCUAAUGGUCUUCCUUUAGCUAUUGAGACUCUUGGUUCCUUUUUGUUCAAUAGAAGAAAUGAUGAAUGGAAAAGUGCAUUGAAUAGGCUCAAGGACUAUCCUGAAAGAAAAAUUCUUGAAAUACUUCAAAUAAGUUUUGAUGGAUUACAUGAAAUAGAGAAGGAAAUAUUCUAGCAUAUUACAUGUUUCUUUAA